UGCAAAGUGGUAUUUGCUCUCUAAUCGACCUAAACUCCAAUACUCCAUUUUCAUCUUACUCCAUUGAUUCUCAAAGAGAAAAGAGAGAAAAAAGAAAAAAAAACUGAAGAUAGAAAGAGAUGAAGAAAAGGCAAAGGAAAAAUUCUUCCUCAUCAUGUAAAAAUCGUAAACAACUCAAACUCUCAUCAGUCCAAAGACCACUUAAACCUAUGCUUUCCCAUUUUUCUCUACUCCAUUCCCAACAACAACCCCAAUCACUACUUCAAAAUACCCUAAUUAAUGAUUCAGACUUCGAUUUCGGCCAUCAAUCAUCUAAACUUGACGCCGAUUUCUCUGAUGUUGGUUGUUCCGAAAUUCUUAGUCAAGAUUUCUUUUGCACACCUGAUUAUAUUACCCCAGAAUGUCAGAAUUUCUUCAGUGAUUUGGAUGGCAAUAAGCUGGAAGAUAUCGCUUGUCCAGCCUCGCCGGAGAAAAUGAAAGCCGUUAGAAGUAAAAUAUUUAAACAAGACGAAACCUUUGUACAAUCCCGAGCUUCUAUGUUGGACCAUCAACAGACAGAGGAGCUUACAAAAUAUUCUCUUGAUGCGGAUGGAAACAAGACAGGAAAGCCUAUAACUAAUGCAUUAUGCAAAGGUCCCAAUUAUGUCCCUCAGUCGGCAAUUGCUUUAAGGUCCCGUGUUAUGCCACCACCUUGUUUAAAGAACCCGUAUCUCAAGGAUGCUGUGGAGAUGGAUGUGGACCCAUUUGGAAGUUGGAGAACAAAAUGUUCAGGCUAUCCCUUUGCGUCUAGUGGUGCUGAAAACAUGUCACGCUAUCGUACGGACUUCCAUGAAAUUGAGCAAAUCGGAAAUGGGAACUUCAGCCAUGUAUACAAAGUCUUAAAAAGAAUUGAUGGUUGCAUGUACGCUGUAAAACAUAGCACAAAGCAAUUGUGCCAAGACACAGAAAGAAGGAAAGCUCUGAUGGAAGUUCAAGCAUUGGCAGCUUUAGGGUUUCAUGAAAACAUAGUAACCUAUUACACUUCCUGGUUUGAAAAUGAGCAUCUGUACAUCCAGAUGGAGCUUUGUGACUACAGCCUCUUUACUUAUCAUUCAUCUUGCUUGCUAACUGAGGAAGAAAUCUUGAAAGCUUUUUUUCAGAUUGCUAGAGCAUUGCAAUACAUACAUGAAAGAGGAAUCACUCAUCUAGAUGUGAAACCAGAGAACAUAUAUGUAAAGAAUGGUGUGUAUAAGCUUGGUGACUUUGGUUGUGCGACACUAUUAGAUAAGACGCUUCCCAUUGAAGAAGGUGAUGCACGCUAUAUGCCUCAAGAAAUUUUGAACGAGAAACAUGAUCAUCUUGAUAAAGUUGAUAUCUUUUCACUCGGGGUUUCUAUUUAUGAGCUUCUACGAGGGUCAUCAUUAUUAGAAACGGGAUAUCAGCUUUUAAGAGAGGGCAAACCACCACUGCUUCCUAACAAAUCACUACAGUUACAGAACUUGCUUAAGGUAAUGAUGGAGCCAAUCCCCAUGAGGCGACCUUCGGCAAAACAAUUGGUAGACAACCCUAUUUUUUCAAGAAUCUCGUGAAACCAUAAAUCCAAACGUUACUCUUGUUUACCGGGUUAGAGAUCCUCGCAAGGCCUGUUUAAAGAAUGGCAAGCACGCUUCAGCUUCAACAUACUAAAUUAUGAAUCUGAUUUAACUGCUAAUGAUUAUGCUGGAUGCACCAAGUUUUGGUUCCAUGUAUGGUGCACAUUUUUGUAAAUGCAUGGAUUGGUAUUGUGUAUUUCCCUUAUUAUCUCAAUACCAUUAUUACACAGCAAUCUCGAUUUCCCAGCGACCGAUAAGAUAGAUUGUAGUAACUUUCAACAGUUAAAAGUCGGAACAGUUCUGUAAGUGAAGGCAAGAGAUGCCCAUCAUUUGUAAGUGAUAAGUUUUUGUCUGAUAUUGCUUUGUUCCGUAAUCUCUUUUCUCUACAAGGAUUCUGCUAGCUUUGUUCGAAUGAGCACAUCAUUUGAAAAAAUUGAA